CCCUCACCUGCUACAGGUGGCCUCAGGAGACAAGAACAUCCUGCUUUCCCCCAGCUACCUCCUGCUUGUCCCCUCAGAGAGAUGGCUAUGGAUACUACAAGGAGUGGAGCCCAGUCAUUGACUCUGGUAGAGCAGAUCCUGGCGGAGUUCCAGCUGCAGGAAGAGGACCUGAAGAAGGUGAUGAGGCGGAUGCAGAAAGAGAUGGACCGUGGCCUGAGGCUGGAGACCCAUGAGGAGGCCAGUGUAAAGAUGUUGCCCACCUACGUGCGUUCCACCCCAGAAGGCUCAGAAGUUGGAGACUUUCUCUCUUUAGACCUGGGAGGAACCAACUUAAGGGUGAUGCUGGUGAAAGUAGGAGAAGGAGAGGCAGGACAGUGGAGUGUGAAGACGAAACAUCAGAUGUACUCUAUCCCCGAAGAUGCCAUGACCGGCACCGCAGAGAUGCUCUUUGACUACAUCUCUGAGUGCAUCUCUGACUUCCUGGCCAAGCAUCAGAUGAAGCACAAGAAACUACCCCUGGGCUUCACUUUCUCCUUCCCUGUCAGGCACGAAGACAUUGACAAGGGCAUCCUCCUCAACUGGACCAAGGGCUUCAAGGCCUCCGGAGCGGAAGGAAACAAUAUAGUGGGACUCCUCCGAGACGCCAUCAAGAGGAGAGGGGACUUUGAGAUGGACGUGGUGGCAAUGGUGAAUGACACAGUGGCCACGAUGAUCUCUUGCUACUAUGAAGACCGCCAGUGUGAGGUCGGCAUGAUUGUGGGCACUGGCUGCAAUGCCUGCUACAUGGAGGAGAUGCAGAAUGUGGAGCUGGUGGAAGGGGACGAGGGACGCAUGUGUGUCAACACGGAGUGGGGCGCCUUCGGGGACUCAGGCGAGCUGGAUGAGUUCCUGCUGGAGUACGAUCGAUUGGUGGAUGAAAGCUCAGUGAACCCCGGUCAGCAGCUGUAUGAAAAGCUCAUUGGUGGAAAAUACAUGGGCGAGCUGGUACGACUUGUGUUGCUCAAGCUGGUGGAUGAGAACCUUCUGUUCCACGGAGAGGCGUCAGAGCAGCUGCGCACACGUGGCGCCUUCGAGACCCGUUUUGUGUCGCAGGUGGAGAGCGACUCUGGCGACCGCAAACAGACCCACAACAUCCUGAGCACUCUAGGACUUCGGCCCUCCGUCACCGACUGCGAUAUUGUGCGCCGUGCCUGUGAGAGCGUGUCCACUCGGGCCGCGCACAUGUGCUCAGCAGGACUAGCGGGGGUCAUAAAUCGCAUGCGCGAAAGCCGCAGUGAGGAUGUGAUGCGCAUCACAGUGGGCGUGGAUGGCUCCGUGUACAAGUUGCACCCUAGCUUCAAGGAGCGGUUCCACGACAGUGUGCGCAGGCUGACACCCAACUGCGAAAUCACUUUCAUCGAAUCAGAGGAGGGCAGCGGCAGGGGAGCAGCCCUGGUCUCUGCGGUGGCCUGCAAGAAGGCCUGCAUGCUGGGCCAGUGAAAUCCAAGCCACAAGGACAGGGAUCUGGGUUCCACAGGACUCCACCAUCUCACAGAUGCCCCCAGCCCACAGGGCAG